AUGGCUGACACAAUAAAUGUGACUUCAUCUUCCAACCAGACCUGCGAUGCUGUUAACACUUCAGCCUAUCCUUUCUUUAUGCUGGUCUACAGUCUAGUGUUCCUGGUGGGUUUACCCCUCAAUGGCUUCAUCAUGAAGUUUCACUUUUGUGGAGCACAGCAGCGGGCAUCGAGCAGCUUGAAGAUCUACCUGAAAAACCUGACAGCUGCUGACUUCCUGCUCUGCCUCUCUUUGCCACUCCGCAUCACCCACUAUGCUAGCAGCUCUGUCAUCAUUCGGCAGCUCUACUGUAGUUUUGGAGCUUGUGCCAUCUUCCUCAACAUGUACGCCAGCAUCAUAUUCAUGGGCUACAUCGCUGCCAACAGGUAUCUAAAGAUCAUCCAGCCUUCAGGAACUCACAUCCUGCAGACAGCAAAAACUGCCCACAUCAUUUCCAUCAUUACCUGGGUGUUUCUCCUGGUUCCGACUGUGACAUACACCAUCCUGUUUUUCAUCACCCAGACCCCUGUGACCUCUAACCCCAGCUGCUGUGAUCCCUUCUUUAGUGAAUCAAUCAAGCUGUUCUUCACAAUCAUCCACACUUUGUCUCCCAUUAUCUUCUUGUUGGUCUCCAUAUGUAUGGUCUUCUUCUACUACAGCACCUCCCGCAGGGUGUUGCAGGCACAGCAGAGUCAGCUGGCCUCCUCUGGCUCCGAGAAGCUUGUGAAGUCUCGCAGGAACAUGUUAGUGCUGGUCAGCAUCUUCUGUGUUUGUUUUGUCCCCUAUCACCUGGCUCGUCUUCCCUAUAGUCUUCUGUGGAGCAAUGACUCUGUAGGCUCAGUCUUGAACUAUGUAAUGGAGGUGACCACCAUGGUGGCAGUUUUCAAUGUCUGCCUGGACCCUGUUGUUUACUUUUUCCUCUGUAAGUCUUUCCGGGCAAAGAUGAGGAAGGUGGCCAUUGUGACCAAUAUCCGACAAGCAACUGAAGAGAGUGAGCUCAGCAAGGAGCAUCUGGACAUUAACAGUCUGCAGGAGACAGACACAACACUGUGA